UUUUUAUUUUUUUUAUUUUUUUUUUUUUUUGUGUUGUGCUAUUUCUUAUAAUUCAUUAAAAAAGGAAAUCAAGUAAUGACGACGGCCGGGAAGAGUUCUGGGACGACCUCAACAACAACACUUGAUGAUUCCUUCGAUUUUAUACAUGAUGUCACUUUCUCGAAGCCUUUUGAGCUGGAUUUAUCUUUUCUCGGGAAGAAACCUUCAAUUACCUCUUUGAAAUCAGCCUUUAGAUCUCCGGCAGAAAAACUUGUUCCUAUUCAGGAAGAGAGUGAGAAGCCAGUGGAGGCAAAAGAUUACAGGACAAAAGAGCUAUUGGAAAAGGCAAAGAAACGCCUCAAAGCGGCAUUUUUGAAAUACUGGUUUCUGCUGGGUUUGUUCAUUGCGAUAUUUUUUGCAUGGCUGUUUCCAAAUGUCGCAAGAAAAGGCGGUUAUCUUCGCGCGGAAUGGAGCAUUAAAUGGGGCGCCGUUAUUAUUAUUUUUUUUAUUUCAGGGCUCUCACUAAGGACACGGAUACUAGCUCAGACGAUUCUUAGAAUAAGGCUGCAUUUCCUUAUACAAUUCAUCAAUCUCAUCCUCAUACCCUUUUUCGUUUUUGGGCUUGUCAUCAUGUUCUUUAAGCUUCAUACACCUUUAAAUUCGCUAUUAUUGAUUGGUGUCGUAAUAGCAGCCAGUACGCCAACCACCGUCUCCUCCAACGUGGUCAUGACAAAAAACGCGAACGGGAACGAGGCGUCAGCCUUAAUGAAUGCUGCCUUAGGAAAUAUUUUGGGUAUUUUUGUGUCGCCUUCGUUAGUAUCUUACUUUCAAGUUCCGCUUCUGGCUGCCUCACCAGAGGACGAAAGCGCAAAUACAGCUGGGGGUUCGGUUGAUUACAUAACAGUGCUUAAACAAUUAGGUCUCACUGUUCUUCUUCCACUGGUCGUUGGGCAGGGCAUACAACUAGCAUUUACGGAGCCCGUGGCGAAAUUUAAGGCUAAAGCACGUUUAUCGGACGUGAGCAGUUUUUGCUUAUUGUUGAUGGUCUGGUCUGUAUUCUCGGAUGCAAUUCAUGCUGGCUCCUUCUCUGCCGUUGCUGGAAAGGAUAUUUUAGGUAUAGCGCUUUUGAAUUUUUUUUUCUAUAUCCUCUUUUCCAUCACCUGUCUGUUCCUUGCAAGAUUACCUUAUCCGGAAAAGCUUAUCGGCCGCCAACAGUGGAUAGAAAAAAUUCGUUACUCACGAGAAGAUACAGUAGCAGUGAUGUUCUGUGGAGCAACAAAGACGGUUGCAAUGGGUGUGCCUUUGAUUAAUGUACUGUACCAGAAAGGUGAUCCAGGUACAAUAGGUGUGCUCUCUACUCCUUUAUUACUAUAUCAUGUCGAACAAUUAAUAUUGGGCAAUAUUGAAGUAGAAAUACUCAAGAAGUGGGUUUUGAAAGGUCAAGAAGCAGACAAGGAGAGAAUGAUUGAUGAAAAAAUGGAAGCAGGCAGCGAACAUAUUUCUGCAGAACACAGUUCUCAAUCAGUAUCCAUCGAUAUGAACAGCAGUCAAAAAGAAGACAAAUUCACCAGUACCUCGAGCAUUACAACAUUACAGAAGCCAAACCAAACACAUUAGAAAACGGCUAUUACCGUUCAACCCAAAAUUAUCCGAGCUAUCAUAAUAUUAAGCCAUACACCCUCUAAAAUGACAGUUAACACUCGUAAUCACCUAUCUAUACAACGAUAUAAGAUUUUAAUAUCUAUGACAUACAUAAUGCAGACUGUGCGGUGAUUGUCAACAUCUAUGCACACGUAUGAAUGUAAAAUAAUUCUUCGUAACAUACAUAUACCAUCAGCAGAUCGUUAAUAAAGACGC